AUCAGAAAGCAUGUUUUAUUUCUCUCCCAAGAACCCCCUCCCCCUCUCUCUUUCCGUUUUCUCUUCUGAAACUCUUUUGUUUUGUGUUCCGAUGUGAUGGAGGUUGCCUUUGUCUCCGACGGAGAAUGCUUCAUGGUGGGUGAUGCGUGCUCCGAUCCGGUGGAGGAUGUUCGCUUUGAAUUCACAUAUUCGACGGACGUUGACUGGAUUUGCCGGAGGUGGAUCAUUGUUUCAUGAUUAUAUAUCAAAUCUACAGAUAACAUCCGUCGGAUAUGCGAAUUUUACAGACGACAAAGUCCCUCCAUGGAAUCGGAUUCGACUGACGACGACGUUCAUCAAGUCUCAUCACGUGCAACGAAUAACCAAGCCCUCAAAGCCCUAACCAAAGCAUAGAUUCAAUUGGUGAGAUUUAUUUGUUUAUUUUCUCAUUCUAGUGUGAAUUACUAGUUGGUGUGUGAUAAGUAUUGGAUCUUUUUACGACUUAAAAAAUAUGUAGAAUCGUUCCAAAUUUUGAACUCAACGGAGAUUUUUUCAUGCACAAUUAAAUCAGCACCCUUUUAAAUUUUGUUAGUUUGUUCUGAAAUGAAAAUGAAAACACAAAUAAAUAAAAUGCAAAAGAAGAGGAUCAAGCUUCAAGCCAUUUGAAUGGUGGGGUACCUAAUCUGGGGGAAUAAUAAUAAUAAUAAUAAUAAUUAUUAUUAUUAUUUGUUUUUCUUUAAGCCAUUUGAAUGAUGACUCUUUUUUGUUUGUCAAGACUGUUGGUAGUGAUAUUGUCAUCCUUUUACUCUAUGUGGAUGAUAUUAUUAUUUCUGGGAGUACUACUAUAGCUAUUCACCAGGUAAUUCAGUCUUUAACUACUGAAUUUGAUAUCAAGGACUUGGGAGAGCUUCAUUACUUUCUGGGGAUUCAAUUCACUAGGACUGAUCGAGGCUUAUUCUUGUCACAGUCAAAGUAUAUACAGGAUGUAUCGGAGAAAGUUGUGAUGGUGGAGUCUAAGGCUUGUGACACUCCAUGCCUUCCCUACAAUAGACUGCUUAAGGAUGAUGGUACUCCUUAUAACAAUCCAACUGCGUAUAGGAGCAUAGUUGGAGCAUUACAAUAUCUUACCUUCACUCGCCCCGAUAUUGCCUUUUCAGUUCAUCAAGUUUGCCAAUUUAUGCUGUCUCCAAUGGUGUCUCACGUCACAACAGUUAAACGUAUCUUGAGAUAUCUCAAGGGUACAUUAUCGGUUGGUAUUUUUUAUACUCGGCGUGAUUUAUCAUUGAAGACUUUUAGUGAUGCAGCCUGGACAGGCGACCUUAAUGAUCGACAUUCAACUACUGGCAUGGUUGUGUUCUUGGGCAACAACCCUAUUUUGUGGUCCUCCAAGAAACAUAAUACGGUUUCCCGUUCUUCCACAGAGAUUAAAAUUCCUACAAGCUCCUCUGUUUUGUUUAUGAUUUGGUUGUGGGGCAUGUAAGAAUAUAAGGAAAAAAUACAAGGAAUUUUAAUCGGCCACUUGUCAUAAUAUUGUAACCCUUAGCUAGGUAGAGAUUUUAUUCUCUAUAUAUAAAAUCUUGUAGUGUAAGAAAAGAAAAUACAACCUAAAAGGGCAUCGUUGAGUUCUGUAGGUUUUGAGAAUAUGUAUUGGGUUCUGUAGGUUUUUGUUGUAAAAGGGCAUCGUUGAGUUCAGAAUUAUAAUUUGUUUUUGUUUAUGAAUUGGUUGCCGAUUAAAAUUCCUUGUGUUUUUUCUUUUUUCCAUCAAAAUUUUCUCGGUUCUACACAAGGGCGACGCUAAGGAGGAGCAAGGUGGCCCUCUGUUCGUCGGAAAUCUCUACCGAAAAUGAGAAAUAAACAUAAAAAAGUUUACAGAUGAAUUGAACUAGUACUCUUACAUGAUUUUUGGUUUCCUCUUUGCGUCUUUACUUUUCCUAAUUCAGAUGAUGGCGUAAUUCAGCGCGUACAUAAGCAUGAUCACUCUGUCCUAGUUGGUUUGGAUGACCAGAAAGAGAAGUGGAAGGAAAUGGACGGGAAGCGACAUCUGAAUGUUGCUUUUUUUGGCCACACUUGGAGUGGGAAGUCAACAAUAGUAGGACACAUAGUAUCCAUGACAAAUCAGAUCGAUGCCGAGACUGUUAAAAAGUAUGAAACAGUUGCAAAGGACAAACGGCUGGGCAGCUGGUUUACUGCCUAUGGUAUGGACACCAACAAAGACUGGCGGCGCAAGGGUAAAGUAGGAGUUGGACGAGCUCAUCUGGAAACAGAGUCAUCGAGAUAUACAAUCUUGGAUGUGCCCGGCCAUGAUUGCUAUGAUUGCUUAAAUAUGAUCAAGGAUAUUGAGGAGGAUGUUGGUAAAGUCGAUAUAGGUGUACUGGUUGUAUGUGCUCUGAAAGAUCCAUGCGAUAUAUGGGAAUAUGCGUUUAAGAAAAAUGGAGAAAAGUGGACCCGUGACCACAUCACCUUUGCUAAAGAACUGCACGUGUCAAAACUUUUUGUUGUUAUUAAUCAGAUGGAUAGCCCUUCCGUGAACUGGUCACAGCAGAGGUAUGAUGAUACGGUGUCGAGGAUGAGAGAGAUUAUCAAACCUUUACGUUCCUACGGAAAUAGGGUACAAUAUUUACCUUUGUCUGGUAUAAAUGGCUCAAACAUGAAAGAACCAGUAGAUGAUGGUGUUUGUCCAUGGUGGCACGGACCCACUCUGUUUGAAUCAUUCGAUUCCACUGAAUUUUGGUGGACAAGUUGUGCUGCUCCAUUCAGAAUGCCUAUCUGCGAAAGAGCGUUUGAAACUAAUACUACAGCAGCGGCUUAUAUUGGUUAUGUGGAAUCUGGGUCCGUUCGAGUCGGUGAUACACUGAUUCUUAUGCCUCAGCAGGUCCCAGUUUCUGUUGAUGCGAUUUUCAUCAAUCCUGAUUGGAGGGAUAGAAGGGUUGAACGAGCAAGGUACGGUGAAUAUAUAAUGCUCAACCUAAGUGGCAUUGAGGUGGAGGCAGUCACGGAUGGAGAGGAAGUGGCCUGCGUCGCAUGUGAGCACGAGGAAACUGAUUAUGAGGGGACUGAUGAUGACAGCGAUACCCAGGUUGAGGUGGCUGAUGAUAAGAUCAAUACCGAGAAGGUUGAGGUGGCUGAUAAUGAGGUCAAUACUGAGGAAGUUGAAGAUCCGGGGUUGGAGUUGUUGGAGUUAGUCUGCAUGUUUUGUGAAGCUGGGCCUUUCCCAACAUAUGAUGCCCUGGAGGUCCAUCAGAACAGCCAUAGUUAUGUGGAAUGCGAUGUUUGUGGGAAGAGAUUUCGUAAUAGUUUAAACUUGGAUGUACACAUGUAUUGUUGUCACAAAUGGUGACUGGUUUUGGUUUUAAGAGUAGUAACCCAUGGAGACCUGUGUCGGUGAUCUAAACAUUCGAUGGUUGCGUGGAUUUUUUGGAAGUUUCAAUUCUUUCUCUGCUUGGGAGGACUUUUAAGCCAUCACCGUUUGCUAUAAAUGGUUGGUUGUGAACAGAUUAUGAAUGAUGUGGAUUUAUCGGA